CGUACAGCAUUUGAAAUUAGAUUCCCAAAUUUAGACCAAUAACUGAUCAAUUAUUCCACUGUUCUUUGAACGCAGCCAAUUAUAGAACUCAAUGUCCGGAGUGCGUUUCCCUCCAUUUAUCAAAUAAACGAAUCUUUUGAUAGAAGUACUUUCGUGGUGUCAGAUGCUGGCUUGUAGUUGGACCGUUGUUUUCACAACAAUUUGAAGUAAAAUAUUGGUGUUGUCUGGUGCUUCAGCUUUACUCUGCGGAAGUAGAUUUGACGUUUUUCACCGAGUCACAUCUAUAUCUGGCGUAUUCUGACUGCUUCAUCAUCAUGGUCAAAUUUCGAAGCAUGACAUCAGACGAGUACAAGAUGGAUCAAUCGACGUUCCGGCUGUUGUACGCGUUCUAUCCGACGCCCUUCGGUAAGUGUCUCAUCGCCAUAACCGACAUGGACAAGGCUGUGGUAUACUUUGGAUUCGUCGACGGCGUCGAGGAACGCGCUCUGAAGAUUCUGCAGAAUGAAUGGCCGCUCUCUCAACUAUCAGAGGACACUGGAAGAGAGACGAAAAGUAUAAUCGAGAAAGUCUUUCAGUCUGACGAGGCUUCGCUCGAUUCUCUCUGCGUCCUCCUGAGGGGAACGUUGUUUCAAGUACAGGUGUGGAAGUCUUUGAUGACUAUUCCUAAGGGAGAAUGUAUCACAUAUGAGGAGGUUGCAAAGACGAUUGACAAUCCCAAAGCUAUACGGCCAGUAGGGAACGCAAUUUCUAAAAAUCGUGUCGCGUAUAUCGUGCCAUGCCAUCGUGUGACAAAUAAAAAAGCAGACAGUGACAAAUAUGCAUGGGGAGUAGAGCGUAAGCAAGCUAUCCUGAGGUAUGAGAGAGGCUUAGUGGUUGGAGAUGUGGUUGGAGAUUGUGAGGAUCAUGCUGUUGUUUGAAUUUAUAUUUAUAUUGGUUUUUCAUGACAAAGAUACACCAAACAAAAUGCCAAACUAUCUUAUCAUAAUAUAAAAAUAACUACUUAUGCUCACUUAUAUAAUAUAAAUGUUCGUAUGCAUAUUUGCAGUCCCGACUUACAAUAGGUGCUUUAAGCUCUAAGCCUUAAAAAAUUGACCAAUCAUAGUCGAUUAUUCUUCUCACAUUCGACUAUGAUUGAUCAAUUUUUUAAAGCUUAGAGCUUUCUCAUUGUAGAAUACCCGUUUUAUACAAAGAAAGGUUUUUUUUUUUUAUUUAGCUUUGUGUCGAACAAAUUUUAUUCACGCAUAUGUGAUAAAUGUUUAUUUCUGUCACAUACAUACUGAGUCAUGUAAAAGUACAAAAUUUUGUUAGUACAUUAAAAAUAUAGUGACCAAGCGUUCUGAAGAUCUCUCACUUGAUUUCAAACACUCGUUAACACAUUGCGGCCCAUUGAUGACACUUAGCCAAUUGGGAUGAUGAUGAUGAUGAUGAUGAUGAUGGAUGAUGAUGAUGAUGAUGAUGGAGAAGAAGAAGAAGUAUACGGUCCAUUGACAACAUAAAUCCUAUACAACAGUUUCGUUUUUCUUUCAUAUAUUUGCUAAGCAAUCACUGUUUUUUAUAGCACAAUAAGAAUACGCAUAGUAAGUUGAACGUGAUAUAGCACUAAUAUAGUGCUGACUUCUGAAUGCAGCUGAUUGUUACAUUGUUGUGAUUCAUCACCAGCUCUUUGCUGUUACUAUUUGGCAACGACGAAUUUUAUUAAGAUACAGAUAUAUACGUGAUUGGACGUACAUUUUAAUUUUAACAAUUAUUUUUAUAUCUGCACUCAAUAUGAUUCUCAGUACGUACUAUAGAUUGGAUUUGCUCGGACAGUUGAAUGAUUUAGUACGGACCAUGGAUCGCAAUGUGUUAGAAUGUCAGUUAUUGUCGCAUAUAUUUACAUUAUUUGAAUCUGUUGGCUACAUAAUCUGGCCGAAGUUGGAUACUUUCGUGAUUGCAUGGUGGAUGCAGUUAUAAAAAAAUAAAAAGAUCGAUCUCUUCGUUAUAUGCGAACUAUAUCUUUUUCUGAUGGCAAUUCAUAUUCUCAGAUGAUGAUAUCUCUGAUACAUCGGAAUACACUUCCUAAGAUUUGCCAAAUUUAUCGUGAUUUAUCCCUUAAUUUUAUCCUAAACAAUCUGAAUUUUGUGACUCGCGCAUUUCACUAUUGCAUAUCCGUCUCUUUUAUACAACUGUACACUCGCAAUUGACACAUCGAAGUAAAAGAACUCUGUUCAUUAUUAUUUAUGUUAAAUAUAAGCUAAAUAAUCGCGAACUGCGUAAAUAAAGACGCGAAAUCAGAUUUUUAGUAUUAAGUCUAGAUCACUCUAUAAAUUUUCUGUACAAUUCGUAGCUAUAAACGAAAAUAAUAAACGUAUAUUUAAUUAAAUUUGUUACACACUACCGGUAUUAUACACUAAUAAAUAAUCGACGAGUUUGCACAUGUAUAUACAUACACACCUAUCUCCAUUUUGUCACAUUAUUACAUUAAAUACGACAGUAAGCUAGAACCACGUAUAACACAGAUUUGUAAAUUUGGUAUCAACCUUGCGCGUUUGCGGUAAAUAUUACAUUUUUGUUUAAUACUAAACUUAAUCCGUGUUUUAUAGUGUACGAAGAAACGUUCUUUCCGUUUGGAGUUGUUUUACAAAUUGAUAGCGAAAUUCACUUUUCUCAUCUUUUGAUAAUCUUAUAAGUUUCGUUAAUUUUUUUUUUUUUCAUAUAUAUUAAUAUAUAUUUUCAAGAGAGUGCUAAAUUCCGUUAUAAGUUUCGUUAAUUUUUUUUUUCAUAUAUAUUAAUAUAUAUUUUCAAGAGAGUGCUCGUUUCUCACACGUCGUACGUAAAUAGGAUGAGAUAUAUUUCAAAUUUACAAAGUACGAAGACACUUUGCGCAUAUUACUAACUUAUUUUCUCUCUUUCCUUUCCUCUCACAGAUCUUUUGAUAUUAUCAUUUUACUUUACGGAGCUUAGUAUCCAUUGAUAUGUGUCUUUUUUUUUCGCGGAGAUACUUCUCAUACUUGCGUGAGAGCACGCGAAUUUCUUCAGAGCAAUUUAUCUAAUGGAGAGAAGCAAACUACAAGUUGAAUUGUAUUAAAAAAUAACUUUGUAUCAGUCUU